AUGAAGAAGCAGUUUGACAUGACAGAUUUAGGGAAAAUGAGGUUAUUUCUUGGAAUUGAGGUGUUGCAAAGAGCUGAUGGUGUCUUUAUAUGCCAAGGAAAAUAUGCAGCUGAAAUUCUAAGUCGUUUUAGCAUGGAAGAAAACAAUUUUGUUCGCUAUCCCAUUGUUCCUGGCCAAAAGAUUGAUGCAGAUGAAGGAGUCAAAGUGAAUGUAACUCAAUUCAAGCAAAUGGUAGGAAGUUUGAUGUAUCUUACAGCUACUCGAACCGAUCUCAUAUUUAUUGUAAAUUUUAUUAGUCGUUUCAUGGCAAAUCCUACAAAACUACAUUUUGCAGUAGCAAAAAGGGUCUUAAGGUACUUAAAGGGAACUAUAGAUUAUGGUAUAUUUUACAAAAGGAUAGGAACAAGUGAAUUGGUGGCUUAUGCAGAUAGUGAUUAUGCUGGAGAUAAGGAGGAUAGCAAGAGCACUUCAGGUUACGUGUUCAUGAUGUGUGGAGCAGUAGCUUGGUCAUCUAAAAAGCAGCCCAUUGUCACUUUGUCAACCACUGAAACAGAAUUUGUAGCAGCAGCUGCAUGUGCUUUUUAA